AUGAAUAGUCAAAAUAAGGAAAACAACUUAAAAAUAGGUCAUAUAAAUGUGCGAUCUUUAUUACCAAGUUUUUAUAAAAUCAAGACAUUGAUAAAUGACUUAGAGCUGGGUAUAUUGGGAGUAUCUGAGUCAUGGCUUAACAAUAACACAGCUGAUGCUGAUAUUCACAUACAAAAUUUUAAUUUCUUUCGAAUUGAUCGGGAAUCCAGAGGAGGGGGCAUAGGUUUUUAUGUUCGAUCGGACUUAAAUGCUACGGUAAUGGAUGUUGUGGAGAACAAGACGGGAAGCUUUGAGCAACAGUGGCUUAUCUUGAAAAUUAACAAGGUUAAAAUCGGACUUUGCGUAUUCUAUCGUCCUCCAAAUUAUAAUGCUCUAACUGCGUUACAUCAGUUGGAAGACACUAUAGCCAACGUUGUUCCUUUAACAGAUGAACUAAUUAUAAUGGGUGACAUUAAUAUCAACCUGUUGAGAUAUACUAAUGUUACUAACCAGUUUGACAAUCUCCUUGAUGCUUUCAACUGUAAGCAGGUUGUAUUAAAUCCCACCAGAUACUCUCGAGAAAAGGCUAGCUUGAUUGACGUUAUCAUCUUGUCAGAUGACCGUCUUUUAAGUGGUGCUGUUCAACACCAUGAUAUGCACAAUCAUUCUGAUCAUCAAUUAAUCUAUUGCACUCUUAACAUCAAAAUAUCUGCGUCGAAGCCAAAAAUUAUUAAAUAUCGUAAUUUUAAGCAAUUCGACAUUAACACGUUCACACAAGAUCUUAUCAACCUGCUUUAG